AUGACCGGAAUCCCCAUGCUGUGCUCGGUUGAACUCCGAGACCGGUACAACGACCAAUUCGUUGCGAUCAAUGAGAUCGUGGAGGCUGAUAGAGUCGAUGAUGAGGCUGCGCACAAAAUGUACACUAACAAAGAAGCCGUAAUUCACUCGAACACCGAUUAUUUGUUCGUGGUCACAUCGCUCCCAAAAUACAUCGUGCGUAGUCUUGAGUUCUAUCUUAUCAACAAUUCACCUGGAACCCAGGUGCCUCGCGUUGCUCCGGAACGCAUCCCCACACUUAAACGUUUAAUGAAGUGUUCACGAGAUGUCACUUCCCCGACAGACCUUGCUCCCGUUGGGGAAGACACUGAUCGCGCUACGGGGCCAAAUUCCGGUGAUCAUAAGGAAAUCAAAGUGGGCAAUAGUACGUACGACUCGAACGUUCUCAUCGACUAUGGCUGUCCACUGUUUCGACACGUCCACAGCCAGUUGGUCCAGCAUGAUAUUUCUACCCUCGAUAGGCGCAUCAUUCCCCCAUGGGAAGAAUACGACGCACUAAAAGAAGGCACUUUGGUCAUCAUCACGAUAUCGAUACACACGUUUAUUAUGCCGAUCAAAGACAACCAAGGCAACUUUACAGGUCAGGAAAGAAGGGUUUACCAGCUAAAUGUGCAUCGCAUCCUCAUAGUCGAUGAGUCUGAUGCGGAAGCUGAACCUCGCUAUAAGCCCUACACAAAUGAAGAAGCUGUAGCCGUUACCGCUGUGACGCCCGUCGAAACCGCAGCAGAUCGAGCACUCGCCACGUUCAAGGUCAAAAAAGCUCGACUUGCAUCCCCCCAACGUGAACCAGACGCAGACAAAGAAAAACCAGGGUCCCCCCUAAAACCAUCGGUUAACUCGAGCAAAACGCCUGCUAAAUCGAACGAAGGCCCGAAACAAACCAAGAAAGCUGCAGCUGGAAAAAACCCUGUUCAGCGUCUGUCCACCAAAGGCAAAGAGAAGGCUAAUUCAACCGCUUCUUCAAAUUCCACGUCCAAAACGGCCGAAACAGACUCUCUUGCCGACAAGGACCAAAUAAUGGCAGAAGUGGAUGACACUUAA